AUGUCACUCUCACUCUUGACUCCUCGUCUGGUGACCAAGUGCACUGUUGCACGCAUUCUUGUUGUCAGAAACAGCUCUUCUCGCUUGACUCUCAGCCACGAGCAAUCUAUCAAGAUCAACGACCAACAAGGAUUCUUCAAAUAUCAACGUGAUGUCUCUCGUGACGCUCGUUAUUCCAACCCAGCCAAGCCAGGAGAUACUGCUUCCAGAUUCAUGUUCCGCAAACUAGGACAUGCUUACGAGAUCUACCCACUUUUCGGACUUCUUGCUAUUUGGUGCGUUCUCUUCGGAUAUACUGUCUACUACUCAUUCGAGAAGGCCGAGAUCUGGCUUGACAGAAGCCACACCACCGCUCCAUGGGACUGGGAGAGAAUCCGCAAUAACUACUGGAAGAAGCCAACUUUGGUGUUCGACCCAACUGGAGUAACCCACCAGAGACUUGAAAUCAUGGAGACUCUUCAAGACGAGAUGGUCGCCGCCGCCAAGGAAAGAGGAACCAGAUAA